CGGUCGGUACUCGGUAUACAGACCGUCAGCUGGUACCCACGCACGCACAGUCUCGCCGUAGUCGUCAUUCCGCGUUGGUCUUGCCAGCGUACACUCCGCCGGAGUCGCGGUUGAGCUAACCCCUUUUUCGAAUCAAAAAGGGAAAUCUGUGAUUCGUUAAUUUUUGAAUUUUGACAGUGCGGUCGAUUUGGUCACAAUUACAGGAAUUCGUUUAUGUGAACUACGCGAGUUGUAAUAUUUGUUUUUUUUUUUUCAAUUUCACCUUCUGUUGCACCGUCCAAAUCCAUACGUAAUGUUUACGUAACCAUGGUAGACAAAUAGAUUGGUCUGGUCGUCAGCAAUCUCGAGGUAUACGUGCGUGCCAUCGGACUGUGCAACAGUAUAUCCUCGACCGGUAUAGUUGAUGUUCGCUAUAAGUGCUUCCAGACUAUGUAUAGGAACUGACAACUGUACCUAUAUAUAUACAUAUGCAUUAUAUCAACAUCGUUAAUAACAAAACUCUAAAAAACAAAUAUGAUCUUGUUCAACCAAUUCGUUGACGUCAUAAACGAUUCAGGUGUCUUGUUGUCGGCUGACCCGUAAAACUCAACAGGAGGCGGUGAUCGGUUGCGGUGGCGGUGAUCGGUUGCGGUGGCGGCGACGGUGGAUGGCGCCGCCUCGGUUGUCGGACGAACAGAAGGCAUUGUCACGGCAGCGCAGGCGGGACAGGCGUAGGGAGUUGCAGAGAUUGAGGCGCGCCGACCCGAUAUACCGGCUGGCGGAGCGGGCGCGAAACACGCGAGCCCGUCGGGAACAGAGGAACGACCCGGAGUACCGCAAGAAGGAAAGGGAACGCGACACGCGGGCGCACCGGGAUCGGCGGAACAGGGUGGACACGGUGAUGCGAAACAUCGCCGGCAGCCUGUGGACCAACGCCGAAUUGGAAAACAUGGCACCGGAUCAAGUAGGACCGGACGAAGACACGGGUGUAACCGCUCUGAGUAACUGUGGGGCUACAAUGAUGAACACCACAGUCUUCGUUACAGUGCCAGCCAGUCCUUUCCCAGUCCGGGAAGAACUGUCGUCUGAAAACGUGUAUGUCGGCGGUGACAAAGACAAAGGCAACUCGACGGAUGACAACGAGGACGAUGACCUCACUUCGCUGAGUUGGCUACAAAACAAAAAUCUGCUCAAAGGUGUUCACGAGCUACCAAAGACCGAUUAUGCGGACGACGCUUCGUCGGACUCUCGUUCGUCCAGCGGCCAGUCAAUAUCUCCGGUCCGGUGUUGGCCAGCUAUGGCAGGUCUACCCACCAUCAUGAACAAUAACAACAAUAACAACAUCAAUAAUAAUAACAAUAACAACAAGACUUCCUCGUUGCGGUCACCCAGCUACGACCCAAAGGUGAACACGGAAUCCAAGCCGCCGUACUCGUUUUCGUGUCUGAUCUUCAUGGCCAUCGAGGACUCGCCCAUCAAAGCGCUGCCGGUCAAAGACAUCUACGGAUGGAUUGUUGACCAUUUCCCGUACUACAAGAACGCGCCCACCGGCUGGAAGAACAGCGUUCGGCACAACCUUUCGCUGAAUAAGUGUUUCAGAAAAGUGGAAAAAGCUCCCAACUUGGGCAAAGGUUCCCUUUGGAUGGUCGAACCCUCGUACCGGCCGUGUCUAAUCCAAGCGUUGCAAAAGACCCCGUACACUAAGGGGUACAGCAAAAAGUCGACGGUGAACACGAGUCUGACGGUUCGGGGCGAGACCAUGGAGGCGGUCAAGGACGAACGGAGCGAGGACGAGAUGUCCACGGUGAGUGACGUGGACGCCGCGACCGCAAUGUUGGUGCUAAAGCACGGUCCGCACGUGCGCAUCGUGCACAACAGAGAUUGGCAGCUGACUCAAACAAAACCUGACACGGAUCCAGAACUAGCCGGGCUAUAUCCAAUUGUUACGAUAUGCCCAAGCGAGGAUCAUACCUACGACAACUGCUUCAAAAUGGACAGUCUGUGCAAAGAGGACGCGGAAGAACGUCGCAGAAUAGUCGAGGGUGCGGACGCAUUGUUGAACCUGGCCGGCAUCACCACCCGCCGUCUGCGCAAACGUUCUUCGAGCGUCGAGUGCAUCGACGCGAAACGAGAGUGCACAGACACCCUGCGACAGAUGUACCUGAAGAAGCAGACGACGGACAACAACAACGAGCCCGCGUCGGUCAUCAUCGAACAUCACAAGGACAAAUUCAGAUAAAACGCACCGCGACCGCGGCGUUUAAUGAAAUAUAGCCUACUCCGUUUAGCAUUUUGUUGACUAGUUUAUACGUAACACAGAUUAAAAUAGUUUAUUUACUUUAUUUAUACUUGCAGAAAAGAAAGAACUUCUCCCUCCCGCCAGAAAAUUAACUGCUAAAAUAAUGAGAACACAUUAUAUAAUGUUAAAUGAUUUACAUCAUGCGGGAUAGUUAAAAAAAAAAAAAAAAAAAUGUAAAAGGUAUUUUUUGAAACGGUGAUAGUUUUUUCUCUCGAGUAAUAUAUUAUGUAUCGUUAAUUGAACGUUUUUGUCUUCUUGCUCUUAGGAAGCACUGUGAUAGUAUUUUUUAAAAAAUAAAUAAAUUUUUAAUUGUUUUUUGGUACGACCAAACCAUAUUGAUAUUUUCGACAAAAAAAUGCCAGGCUGUUCACUAUACUUGUUAAUAUCUUUUUUUUUUGUUAAGUUUAUUCUUAUGAUAAAUAUAUAAUUACAUAAUAUAUUAAUAAUAUAUAUUAUA